CGAGCGCCGCUUCUUGGCGGCGCGCGCCCUGAGCUCUUUCCCCUGGCAGAGCCUAGAAGAGAAAUUAAGGGACUCAUCAGGUACUGAGCUGCUGCUGGAUAUUUUGCAGAAGAUGCAUAAGGGUCACCCAGGGCCAGAAUUCCAGGAAUCGGAUAACUGGGGUUUGCCCUGUAUUCACUUGAAGCUCAUGGGAGACUUAAGGCGGAGUCUCUCCAGCAACCCACACUGUGUUCCUCGUCACAGACCGUGAAGCAUCCUCUGUGCAUGAAGCAUCCACCCUCAGUGAAGUAUGCCUGGAGUUUUCUCUCAGAGCUCAUCAGAAAGCACGAGGCUAUCCACACGGAGCCUUUGGACGAGCUGUACGAGGCGUUGGCGGAGGUCCUGACGGCUGAGGAGCCCACCCAGUGCCACCGGAGCUACCUGCUGCCCUCCGGGGACUCUAUCACACUCUGCGAGAGCACGGCCAUCAUUUCCCACGGCACCACGGGCCUGGUCACGUGGAAUGCCGCGCUUUACCUGGCAGAGUGGGCCAUGGAGAACCCAGCGGGCUUUGCUCACAGGACUGUCUUAGAGCUUGGCAGUGGAGCCGGCCUCACGGGCCUGGCCAUUUGCAAGAUGUGCCGGCCCAGAGCAUACGUCUUCAGCGACUAUCACAGCCAUGUCCUCGAGCAGCUCCAAGGGAACGUCCUUCUCAACGGCCUCUCAUUGGAGCCAAAUGUCGCCGCCCUGGCCCAGCACCCAGAACACGACACCGCCGAUGCAGAGAGCCCCAGGGUGAUGGUGGCCCGGGUGGACUGGGAUGUUGUGACGGUCCCUCAGCUUGCUGCCUUCCAGCCGGACAUCGUCAUUGCCGCAGAUGUGCUAUAUUGCCCAGAAACUGUCCUCUCCCUGGUCGGGGUCCUGCAGAAGCUCUCUGCCUGCCAGAAGGACCAGCGGGUUCCUGACGCCUACGUUGCCUUCACCAUCCGCAACCCGGAGACAUGUCAGCUGUUCACCACGGAGCUGGGCCGGGCUGGAAUCCCGUGGGAAGAAGUGCCUCGUCACGACCAGAAACUGUUUCCCUACGAAGAGCACUCGGAGAUGGCAAUUCUGAAACUAAUGCUGUAGAUUUAUAAAUGGUUUUGAAGAAUAAUGUGAAAAUUAAAUCACUGUUCUGGAAAGAAUGUGAUAAAACUUGCACUGGACUUGAAUGUUUGAAGAAUGUUAAAUUCUGAAUCGGGAACCACAAACUGUUCGAAUAAAAUAUAAACUGUUCAAGCGUGUAGACCCCUCUCUGCCAGCUGGCUUAGUCCUUAAGAAAAUCACCAUAAAUCAGAAAUGAAAUUUUUGGCUCAGAGAUAAGCAUUUCAUUCGCGCAAAUAAAAAAACAAACCAAGUAUGUUCCCCCCAACCUGGACGCAAAUCCCUCACGGAGCCAAGCCCGCUGCACACGUGGCACAUCUGACUGC